AUGGGUAUUCAAGGGCUUUUGCCGUUGCUGAAAUCGAUUAUGGUUCCGAUGCAUAUCAAGGAGCUCGAGGGUUCUAUCGUCGCCGUCGAUACAUAUUCAUGGCUUCACAAAGGCGCUCUCUCUUGUAGCCGAGAGCUCUGCAAGGGUUUACCCACCACGAGGCAUAUUCAAUACUGUAUGCAUAGAGUGAAUUUGCUCCGCCAUCAUGGAGUGAAGCCUAUUCUUGUCUUCGAUGGAGGUCCGUUACCAAUGAAACUAGAACAAGAGAACAAGCGUGCAAGGUCCAGGAAAGAGAAUCUUGCACGUGCAUUGGAGCAUGAAGCAAAUGGAAACUCCUCGGCUGCUUAUGAGUGCUAUCAAAAGGCUGUAGACAUCUCACCUUCAAUUGCACACGAGUUGAUUCAGGUUCUGAGGCAGGAGAAUGUUGAUUACGUUGUUGCUCCUUACGAAGCUGAUGCGCAGAUGACAUUUUUGGCUAUUACUAAGCAAGUUGAUGCCAUUAUCACUGAGGAUUCUGAUCUCAUUCCUUUUGGCUGCCCCAGAAUCAUCUUUAAAAUGGACAAGUUUGGUCAUGGUGUCGAGUUUCAAGCGUCCAAUCUACCUAAGAAUAAGGAGCUCAAUCUUUCUGCAUUUUCAAGCCAGAUGCUUCUCGAGAUGUGCAUAUUGAGUGGCUGUGAUUAUCUGCAGUCACUGCCAGGAAUGGGACUCAAACGAGCUCAUACACUCAUUACAAAGUUCAGAAGUUAUGACAGGGUGAUUAAGCACUUAAAGUACAGCACAGUUUCAGUUCCUCCUCUUUAUGAAGAGUCAUUCAAGAAAGCAUUGCUGACUUUCAAGCAUCAAAGGGUCUAUGAUCCAAAAACUGAAGACAUUAUACACUUGUCUAACAUUUCCGAAGACAUUGUUGAUUCCUUAACGUUGUUCACAUCGAUGCCACAACAUAUUGCUAAGGGCAUAGCACUGGGCCAGCUUGAUCCAUUCACACAGUUGCAGUUCCAGGCCGAGAGUGUUACUCCUAAAUCGGUUGUUGAUGAUAUUCCCCGUCCUAAAAGUUUCAAACCUGAAAACAUGAAGAAAAAGCUUGAUUUGCCAGUCCAGAAAAACCUUCUCACCAAGUAUUUUUGCUUUGCAACUCUUGAGGCAAAAAGAAAAUUCAAGGCUCCGAGGAUAUCACCAAUGUCUGUGACCCCAACAGAGGAGUCUCCAAGCACUCCUGAGGAUAAUGCAACAGGUGUGGAUGCUCCUUCGAGUGAGACAACAGAUGAAUCCCCGGUUUACAGCGUGGGCGAGAAUUCUUGUGCUAGCAAAGUUGCAGAGAGAAGAGAGUCACCCAACAAUGAUGCAAUGGAGAGGAAUUACGAAGACUUUGAUCAUAAGCAUGUCAAACAGCAAGUGGAGAGGCCAAAGACAGAUAGUGUAAAGGUUGUAGUAAGAAGCAAGUAUUUUAAGCAGAAGCAGGGGGACAGAAGUCUUAAACAAUCGACCCAAUGUCUCAAUGAUUGCUCUGUGAUGGGUCAGAGAAAGAUUCUUAAAACUGCGAUAAACAAGUCAAGCGCCUGUACAAGAGACGAUAGUCACAGAGCUAUAGCUACCAGUCAAGAGCAAAGCUACAACAAUCAUGAAGAUGCUAAAGAAGCGAGUUUCUCUACCAUCAACAAGGUGGCUGAGGGAACAACAAACAUCGACAAGAUGAACCAUCAGAUUGGUAAAGGAGAUCAUAACCCAUCUGUUGAGAUCGGUACUCCCGAGAAUGUUAUGCCUCUCUCUGCCAUUCCCAGUAAUAGUUUUACAGGAGCUGCAACUGGGAAAAGGAAGCUUGACUCAGAUGAAUUCCUUCAGAAGGAAAAUUCUAACCCCAAGCACAUGCGCAUGAAUGAAACUGAUCCUGCUGUAAAUGCAGAAACAUCUUUUGAAACCGAUGAUGCUGAGAAGUUUGGAUCCAACAUUUCACAUAUAAGGCAUUACUCAGAAAUAGCAGAGAAGUCUGUGGAAAGAUUUGUCUCAGCUAUAUCAUCUUUCAGAUACUCUGGGUCUGGCUCUCGUGCUAGCGGUCUCCGUGCACCUCUCAAAGAUAUCCGCAACAAUUGUCUGUCCAAAGGGUUAUCUCCUAAACCAGACUUCAGCAAGUUUGGUUAUGCGUCAAGCAGCCGAGAAACAGUGACAAAGUCAAAGGAGAUUGUGAGCUCAGAUUUGUAA